ACCAGAUCAACGUGUUCUCCGAAUUUUUAGAAGAUUUACCUGACACAGACGAACCUGUUUGGAUUUUAGGGGCACAUUAUAAUGUCAGAACAGAAAAAUCAGAGCUGCUUUCAGAUGUACGCUCGCGUUUAUGGUUCACAUACAGAAAAAAGUUCUCUCCCAUAGGGGGGACGGGACCCUCGACAGACGCUGGCUGGGGCUGCAUGCUACGCUGCGGACAGAUGAUCCUAGCUCAGGCCCUGAUCUGUAAACAUCUUGGGCGAGAGUGGCGAUGGUCGGCAGACGGAUGCCAGCCAGCAGAAUAUCACCGUAUCCUAAACUGUUUCUUAGACAAGAAGGACAGUUGUUAUUCCAUCCACCAGAUGGCACAGAUGGGGGUAGGAGAGGGGAAGUCAGUAGGUGAAUGGUACGGCCCAAACACUGUCACCCAAGUCCUAAAGAAACUGGCCCUGUUUGACGACUGGAAUUCAUUGGCUGUGUACGUGUCAAUGGACAACACCGUGGUGAUUGAGGACAUCAAAAAACAGUGUCGUCAGGAAGGACCCGGAAGCGGCAGGCUCCGGUCCGGUAACUGCGGGUGGGGGGAAGUCUAUCCCUCCGCCGACCAAUCAGAGCAAGGUCGUUCGGCGGGGCGGGGCACUGGGCCGGUUCCGUGUCCCCUCUCCCACGCCCUCUCCGACAUGCAGCCACGCCCCCACCAGGACUGGAGGCCCCUGCUACUGGUUAUCCCACUCCGCAUGGGCAUCAAUAACAUCAACCCAGUCUACAUCCAGGCCCUUAAAGAGUGCUUCAAGAUGCCGCAGUCAUGUGGUGUUCUUGGAGGAAAACCUAACCUUGCCUAUUACUUCAUUGGAUUCAUUGGCGAAGAGCUCAUUUACCUGGAUCCCCACACCACUCAGCCGGCCGUGGAGUCGGAGUCCGGCGUCGCCGUGGACGACCAGACCUACCACUGCCAGAGGAGUCCGCGGCGCAUGAAGAUCACCAGUCUGGACCCGUCCGUCGCACUGGGUUUUUUCUGCAAGACUGAGGAAGACUUUGACAGCUGGUGCAAUCUGGUUCACCAGGAGAUUUUGAAGAAGAGGAAUUUGAGAAUGUUCGAGCUGGUCGAGAAACACCCCCCUCACUGGCCCCCUUUUGUCCCCCCCACCAAACCAGAGGUGCAGACCACAGGAGCAGAGUUCAUCGAGUCCACAGACAAGCUGUUUGAGUCGGAAGAGGAAUUUGAGAUUCUGAACGUGUGAGAGCCCGCUUCAGAGCGGUUUGUAAAACGGCAAAACCGAGCUUUAGAGAAGUCAACGUCGGUCUCUACGCUGUCAAAGUGCC